AUGCCGCGGCUUUUGCUGGAGCUCACGGGCAGCCCCGCGGCGGGAGAGGAGGGAGCGGCGGGCGGGGAGGACGGUUCCAAUGCAGGCAGAUGCCAGACAACUCCAGACGCACACACACAUAGGCGCACACACGCUCACAAAUCUCCGGACAGAGAUAAGGCGGACAGCGGAGCGUUUGGAAGGAGGCAAAGCCAUCCCCCACAAACCAACCAGCAAUCCUCCGCGACAAACCCACCGGCAAACCCUCCCGGCAGCAAAAUGAGGUACCCCCUGACCUGGUCCUUUUGUGCCUUGCUGCUCUGUGCGGCAGAUGCCAUCGAGCUGACGGACAUGUUUGGGGAGAUCCACUCUCCCAAUUUCCCUGAUUCCUACCCCAGUGACUCAGAAGUGACAUGGAACAUCUCUGUGCCCGACGGAUUUAAAAUCAAGCUGUAUUUCAUGCAUUUUGACUUGGAGUCAUCCUACCUCUGUGAAUACGACUAUGUGAAGAUUGAAGCUGAGGACCAGGAGCUGGCAACCUUUUGCGGCAGGGAGACGACAGACACAGAGCAGGCUCCCGGCCAGCAAGUAAUCCUGUCCCCGGGGCCCUACAUGGGGCUUACGUUCAGGUCUGACUUCUCCAACGAGGAACGCUUCACUGGUUUCGACGCCCAUUACACCGCCGUGGAUGUGGAUGAGUGCCUGGAGAAAAGCGACGAGGAGCUGGCAUGUGACCACUACUGCCACAACUACAUCGGCGGGUACUACUGCUCCUGCAGGUUUGGCUACAUCCUCCACUCCGACAACAGGACCUGCAAAGUGGAGUGCAGCGACAACCUCUACACCCAGAGGAGCGGGGUGGUGGCCAGCGCCGACUUCCCCAGCCCUUAUCCCAAGAGCUCGGAUUGCCUGUACCGCAUCGAACUGGAGGAGGGCUUCUUCAUCACACUGAGCUUUGAGGACAGCUUCGACGUGGAGGACCACCCCGAGGUGACCUGUCCUUAUGACUACAUCAAGAUCAAAGCUGGCCAUAGGGAGUUUGGCCCCUUCUGUGGAGAGAAGUCCCCGGGACGCAUUGAAACCCAGACCAACAGCGUGCAGAUCCUCUUCCAUAGUGACAACUCAGGAGAGAACAGGGGCUGGAAGCUGUCGUACACAGCAAUUGGAAAUCCAUGCCCACUGGUGCAACCACCAAUCAAUGGGAAAAUUGAGCCUUCCCAAGCCAAGUACACUUUCAAAGACCAAGUUGUCAUCAGCUGCAACACUGGAUACAAAGUACUGAAGGAUAACCUGGAAAGCGACUCCUUCCAGAUUGAAUGUCUAAAGGACGGGACCUGGAGUAACAAGAUCCCUAUCUGCAAAAUUGCUGACUGCAAAGCGCCGCCAGAGCUGGAGCACGGCUUUGUCACCUUUUCCUCCAUGAACAACCUCACCACCUACCGAGCAGCCAUCCAGUACCACUGCCAGCACCCCUACUACCACAUGGCCCCCAACAGCACUGCCACCUACACGUGCGACGCAUCAGGGGUAUGGAGGAGCGAGGAGCUGGGGACCAAGCUGCCGUCCUGCCGACCAGUGUGCGGCCGGCCAGUUCGUCCUCUGCCUGGAAUCAUCAAGCGCAUCAUUGGCGGGCGAAAUGCAGAGCCUGGCUUCUUCCCCUGGCAGGCCCUGAUUGUGGUGGAGGACAUGUCCCGGGUGCCCAAUGACAAAUGGUUUGGCAGCGGAGCCCUGCUCUCAGACUCCUGGGUGCUGACAGCUGCCCACGUGCUCCGCUCCCAACGUCGAGACAAGACUGUCAUCCCCGUCUCCAAGGAGCAUGUCACUGUCUACUUGGCCCUUCAUGAUGUGAGGAACAAGAUGGAGGCCGUCAACCGGACAGUGGAGAGGAUCAUCCUCCACGAGGAGUUUGACAUCCAGAACUACAACCACGACAUCGCUCUGGUCAAGCUGAAGGACAAGGUGACCAUGGGGAAAUACGUCAUGCCUGUCUGCCUGCCCCAGUUUGAGCAUGAGCUGGAGGGGCCUCACCCCAACACGCUGGGGCUGGUGGCUGGUUGGGGUAUCUCCAACCCCAACAUCACAGUGGAUGAGAUCAUCAGCUCGGGCAUGAGGACGCUGUCUGACAUCCUGCAGUACGUCAAACUGCCGGUGGUGCUACACGCAGAGUGCAAGACCAGCUAUGAGUCACGGUCGGGGAACUACAGUGUGACUGAAAACAUGUUCUGCGCUGGCUACUACGAAGGUGGGAAGGACACUUGUUUGGGAGAUAGCGGGGGAGCCUUUGUCAUCCAGGACCCGGGAACCCAGAGGUGGGUGGCCCAAGGGCUGGUCUCAUGGGGUGGCCCGGAGGAGUGUGGCAGCAAGCAGGUGUACGGUGUGUACACCAAAGUCUCUAACUAUGUGGACUGGGUGGAGAAGAAAACAGGCUCCUCAGAGAGGUGGACAUUUCUGGACCCAGACUUGGAGAGAUGA